UCGUUUGUGGAUCAAAUGCUUUCUUUCCCUCACUUCCUUUAGGUUUCUAAGUUGUUGACAAAAUCGGUUAUAUCUUAUCUUAUCGAAGCGAUACGUAGAAAAGCCAACAAUACGUUCUCCGCUGUUCCACAGCAGUAGUACAGCGUGUGCAAGAUAGCAAGCGAUGUGCCAUAAGGCUGAAAAAUGAACUUCUCAGACGUUGUGUUGGAAACUCCGUUGAUUGUGGAAAAGUCCAAAUUCACAACGACGGCCAUUCUUUUCCUGCAGCGACAGAACAGCCAAGAAGUGUACUGUGAUUUUGUCACCACCGCCGAAGAACACUUUCGUCCCAACUAUGACCGGAUUCAGCUGAAGCGUUUAUCUGUGUUGAAUUUAUCGAUGUGCGUUAUCUGCCGCUGCGACAUUAAGUACAACAAUCAGCGGAGAGCCCUGAAAUGUGACCAUGCAUUCCAUGCAAAAUGCAUCAAGCAAUGGACAUCCUUCCAGAACAUUUGUCCGAUUUGCAGGAUUGAGUUGUAGUGAACCACGAGAUAAAACCCCCGAUUUCGCAAUAAACUUUUCGAUUUGUUAGUUA